ACUGUAUCUCCUGAUUUUCUCCUCCCCCACUCGCAGCAUACGCAAAACUCAAAACCACCUUCGUCCGAUUCAAGCCACGAGAGCGUUCUCCGACGAUCGGAGCGAGGAUAAUGGGUGUUCGCAUGAUUUCUCAGGAGGCCUUCGACGACCUCGUGAGAGAAAACAUGGAGGAUCUUGGCAUGGAACCCUCCGAGGCUCUUGAAGACGCUAUCCAAACCUUCAAACUACAAGGCGUCGAUCUCUCUGGGAUCAUUACUUGUGUUCCCGGAGAAAGUACCGUGGGGGACAACCCGGUGAUGUCGUGUCUGGACAGGUUGAAGCAACUUGUUUCUGUUUCUGGAGAUCGGCUUCGAGAUGAGGAUUUGGAUGAGAUAUCGGGUUUGCUGGAAAAGCUCACUGAGCUAUGUAGCGGUCCAGAGUCAGGAAAUGUGGCGAUUGCGACGAAAAAUGGUGCUGUGGAGUUGGUUUGCUCGGUUUCUUCGAAAAUCCGGACAGGCGCGGGAAGUGUGCCUGUUCUUGUUCCUUGUUUGAAAGCAAUGGCUGUCUUGAUACGUGAUAUUCAGAGCACAGAGGCAUUCCGAAAUUCCAGUGGACCGAGAAUUGUGAUCGAUCUGUUGAGUGAUUCCAACACAGACUCCGAUGCAUUAGAUGCUGGGUUUGCAGUUGUUGCUGCUGCAGCUACCGGUAACGAAGUUGUCAAGGAGUCAUUCAUGGAAUUGAAAAUUGAUGAACUGAUUUUGCAAGUGCUGAACAAGCAGAGUAAAAGCACCAUCAGAGGAAUGUACGAUGCUAUACGGGUUCUUUUAACACCAGAUGACAACCGUGUUGUUGCUUCCCAAGUUUAUGGCUAUGCGAGGACAUUUGCGAAACUAGGGAUUGCGAGGGCACUCACCGAGGCAUUGCAGGCAGGGGUUGGUUCUGACAGUUUGGUCUCGGCUAGUAUUGCGUUGAAGGCAAUUGCUGUAAAUGAUGAGAUAUGUAAAUCUAUUGCAGAAAGUGGUGGCGUAGACACACUUCUCAAAUGCAUCGAUGAUAGUCAUGAGCAAGGCAACAAAACAGCUGCCAGGACAUGCUGUUCCCUGCUAUCUAAGUUGGCAGGCAGUGAUGCGAACAAGAACGCUAUAGUUGAGAAGCAAGGACUGGAUAGACUGAUAAAACUCGCACAGCAGUUCUCUGAUGACCCUUUAGUCAUACAAGAGGUUAUGGCGAUAGUAGCUGUGCUCUGUCUUCGGUCACCAGGUAAUGCAGCACGUGCUGUAGAAGCAGGAGCAGGUGAUUUAGCCAUCCAGGCAAUGAAAAAGUUUCCGAGUGCUGCCCAAAUGCAGCGAAGCUCCUGCAACAUGAUCCGCAACCUUGCCGUGCGAAAUGCUGAGAACCGAACUCUUCUGCUAGGAAACGGGGUCGAGAAGCUUAUAAGAACGGCCAAAGCCAAUCAUGAAAUAUGCAGAGACUCGGCUACUGAUGCGUUGAGAGAUCUUGGAGUCGACAACUACAAUGCCUAAAUUUUUGGCCUUCUCUUUGUUGCCAUGACAUCGGACGAAACUUCGACACGGACGGUCUGUCAAAUCUUUCUAUCGGAUUGAAACGUUUCUAAGAGCGGAAACGUAAACAGAAGGAUUCAACCAGCUCGCCUUAGGUAACCGACAUUUCGGUCUAUAACUUUGUGUGUAUCGUUUUUCAGUUCCAGCGGGAGAAACAUGUAAUCAGAAAACGAAACACGAAAAAUGGUUAUGGUUCUUGAAGGUUGAACUUUUCCUUCUAAGCUUCU